AUGCGAUCUUUAAUUGAUAGAUGGUGUCAAUCAACAAAAUAUGUUGCUGAAAUACAUAAACAGGAUUUGUUAUUUUAUCACAUUAUAGAUAAAAUUGAAUCAUCAGCAACUGCUCCACAAUCUGUUUUUAAAGAUAGGUGGACUGAUUUGAUUAAUGUUAUGGAAGACAUUUUUACACCUAGUAAUAUUGAUCCCAAUGAGAAACAAGAUGUGAAGAUUUAUAUAAAAGAACUUAUGAAAAAAGUGAUAACAUGGGAACAGCUGGAUAACGUUAUCAAGAUUGAAAAGAAUAAAUUACGUACAUCUAAAUAUGAGUGA